CAGCCUGUUGUGGCAAAAACAAUAAUUAAACAAAUGUGCAUAACAAGAUAAGAGACAUCAAGAUCCAAAUUAUAUUUUAAAAGAGAGUUUAUUCUUUUAAAAGAGGUUUGUUCACAAAAAUACCGCGACAGCUACCUCGCAAUAGGAACAAAAACCUCACUCACACAGAAAACACAUGGCCUAUUUAUACCCCCGUCCUCAAAGUCCCUUCUUCCGUAAUUUUCCACUCAAUCCCAGUAAAACCCGAUCUAGCUAGUUUUUAGAAAUACCAAUGGCUCUUCUAAGCCCCCUGGGUUUUACGGGCUUUACAUCUGUGAGGUCAUAAAAAGGCCAUAUAAACGCUAUCUUGUCCUGAAGACAGUGGUCCUUCGUUGAGCUUCUCUGAGUUUCACACCCGUGAAACUCAACAAAAGGCUUUAUUUAUGGCUAAAUAAUCCCUCUGUCUUUCCCGUACUCAUAUUGAGGAGUUCAAAAGGCUUUUUCCCUUGACCAUCUGUUUUACUGUGUGUGUGUGUCUCCUGUGCCUGCCAGGUGAAAAAGAAAAUACUUAGAGGAGAGAAACUGAAUCGAAAGAAAAUCCACAUAAUGCCUUAAAGAAAGUAAAAUAUAAAUUUUCCACAACAAUCCCUCCUCUUUAUCAUUCUCUGAUAAACGAUUUGGUUUUCAUUAACAUUAGUUUUGACUAAAAAUAAAAUAUAACAAAAUAAGAAUAAAACAUUACUCAACAUCAAACCCAUAAAUGGUUACAAUCAUUUCAAGUCUUUACAUCAGUGGCGGCUUGUCAAUAGAGGCCCCAUCAAAAUUCCAGAAAUAUACAUGAAUAAAAAAAUUAUAUAAAAAUGAAAUAAAAAUAAAAAAAUAAAAUAGUUUACUCAUAUGAUGUAAGUAAGAGCCUCAGCAUUUAAUAAAAACUGGCUUUAAUCGGUUAACUAUUUUCUAUGUUUUUCAAUAUGUUUCAUGCGGUUUAAUGGGCGAGGGACGCCGGACAAAUGGAUGUCUAUCUGAGUCCUUACAUUUUCGGGCAGCAUGUGACCUGAAGCUGGUCUCUAAUUGGUUUCUUAAAGAUUCUCCUCCGGGUGCAGGUCGCUGCGUCCCUGGCGAAUCAGAAUUGGACAAAUGUUAUUUUAUCCAAUCUGAUUGGUUCUCGUCACCUGUCAUUCAACUUUACGCUCUUGGACACUACUGCGAGUGCGCAGACGACCUUGCUAGUUGCUACUGUAGGCUGAUCACUUUUGCAGAGAUAAUGGCAGCAGUUAAACCAAACUCUGUCAUUAAUUUACAAAAAAACCCUUUCACAAGGCGUUCCUGGAUGAAAAAAUAAGGAUAAAGGAUCUCGGACCAACCUGACUUACAAAUCCAGCAGCAGGCCAGUGACAGAGGACGAAGCUACACCCGGUGCUUCACCCGCGCUUUUUAUGAGAAACAAAGGUGGCUGGCUGGAUGUGAUGUUAGCAAUGCCUUUUUUUGCUUUCCCUGUCUUUUAUUUCAAAGUGUCGGCACUGAAGUUUUGUGGACAACAACGGGGGUAAGUGACCUCAAACAUUUAUCAGAAAAAUGCAAACGUCAUGACAGUAGUCGCAGCCAUCUUGAUAAUAGCAUGAAACUAACGUUUUUGGGCAGAGUUAGCAUUGCUGAACAACUAGAUGAAGGCUACAGGAUUGGCAUUAGAAGGCACAACGAAGAGGUGACAAAAAAUCGACACAUACUGUCCAGGAUAAUACACUGUGUGAAAUUUUGUGGAGCCUUUGAGUUGGCUUUGCGUGGCCAUGAUGAGAGUGAGAGCUCAGAUAACCCCGGUAUAUUUCGCGGGUUGGUGGAUUUUGUUGCCUCUCUUGAUGGAGCAUUGAAAGAGCACCUUGACAGUGCUACUGUAUUUAAGGGAACGUCAAAAACUAUACAGAACGAGCUACUGGACUGUAUGUUGUCUGUUACAAGAGAACAAAUAAUCAAAGAAGUCCAGACAAGUGAUUUUUUAUCAAUCCAGGCAGAUGAAACGACAGAUAUUGCCACACAGUCCCAACUUGUGCUUGUGCUGCGCUACAUCGACGACAAAAAUAACGUGCAGGAAAGAUUUUUUGAGUUCAUCCCUCUGCAGUCAGCUACAGCUGAGUCCAUUGCUACUGCACUAAAAGAGCGUCUUGCAUCUAUCCUUCCUGAGGAUCAGAAAAGUAAGCUCAUCUGCCAGGCAUAUGAUGGGGCCAGCGUGAUGAGGGGUGCCACUGCAGGUGUUCAGAGGAAAAUACAAGAUGUGUACCCAAAUGCCCACUACAUCCACUGCUACGCACAUCAGCUCAACCUGAUAAUGCAACAGGCCACCUCUCACAUAUCCAAGGCAAGAAUUUUUUUUUCUAACAUUGGUGGAUUUGCCAGCUUUUUUUCCAAGUCACCCAAGCGGACAUGUUUUCUGGAUAAAGUGGUUGCCCAUAGACUGCCAAGAUCCAGCAACGUCAGAUGGAACUUUCAUAGCCGUGCCAUCAAUACUGUUUUUGAGCACAGAGAGGAUCUCAUUCACUGUUUUGAGAGCAUACAAGACUCAGGUGACUUUGACCCCAAUACUGUCAGAGAAGCAGGAGCCCUGGCCAUGCUACUGGAGGAUCAGGAUUUUAAGUUCUUUCUGGAGCUCUAUCACCACAUCAUGCCACAUGUAGACAUGUAUGCCAAGCUCCAGAAGAAGAACAUUGAUUCGGUCCAUAUCAAAGUGAGCAUCCAACAGUUCCAACAGGAAAUUCAAAAGAUCAGAAACUCUCUCAAUUCCAUUGGUGAGCAGAGCAGUGGUUCUCGGCCAACAAAGAGGCGCCGGGUGCUCAGUCCAGAAGAGCGUGAAAGGAUUGCAGCAGUGGUCUGUGACACCAUCCUGGGACACACUAGGGAACGUUUCUCCUUCACAGACCACCUUGUCUGUGCCACCUUGUUGCAGGGGGACAGGUUUGAGGAGUACAAUGAUACCUUUCCUGAAGAUGCAUUGAGCAGCACCAUGAAAGCGUACCCGAUGCUCAGUGGAAGCAAGCUGAUGACAGAGCUCAGUCUCAUCUACAGCAAGGAGGAAUUCAAAGCCUGCCGUGGUGCUGUGGACCUAUUCCAGCUUUUUAUGGAGAAUAAUCUAGAAGAAGUCUUUUCCGAAACUGUGACUCUCCUAAAAGUUCUUAUUACCACACCCAUGACCACGGCUGAAGCUGAGAGGUGCUUCUCAACCUUGAAGAGAAUAAAAACUUUUCUCAGAAACACCAUGACCCAGGAGAGGCUGAAUGCAUUGGCAUUGCUCUCCAUGGAAAAGAGACUUGUUACCGAGAUGACUGACUUUAAUCAGAGAGUCAUUGAGAAAUUUGUGGCCAGAAAGAAAGGAGAGGAAAAUUUAUGUUCAAGUAGUAAACAUGCUGCAAAUUAAUAAAUAAAGUAAAUAAAUAUUGCUUUGUAUUUAUUUUCGCCCACAAAAAAAGCGCCCCCCCCCAAAAUAAUUAUCACCAGCCGCCACUGCUUUACAUCACAGUUAUACUCUUCAUGUCUGAUUUUUGUAUACCUGAUCACUCUACUUGAACAUUGUUAUUGCUUUUCCUGGCUGAGAAUCAGAUUCUCAGUCAUCUCAGACAUAGUUUAAAGAAUCACUCUCGUCACUCUCAUAAUCAUCACAUUUGUGUGUCUCAUCUAUUGGAUAAACAGUCAGUUUUACUGCUUGUAUGGACAUCCCAGCCCUGACCAAUCUCUGUACUGAGUUGGAAAUACAUCUCAAAAUGCAUGGCAAGCAGAACAGAAUCAGAAUUCCUAACAAUGCAAUUGGCAAAACAGUUUGAAUUACCCAGUACAUCCAUCCAACCCACAAUGACAUAAUCCACCCGGCCCACUGGUUGUCAGUCCUUUCAGGUUCUUUUACGGCCUCUCUCAUGUGUUCAAUUAUGUUAGUUAUGUUAUCACUGUAAUCAGGAAUGUUAAAACAACAAGACACCCCCAGCAUUUUACAGACUCCGCCCCUUUCUGCCGUAAGUGUAUCAAGAACUAAACGGUUCUGAAUGACUGCGUCCCUCAGCUGCCUCAUUUCAUCACUUAUCAAUGUCAAAGCAUUUUCUGUGCUAUUGGCUAUUGCUAAUACCGUCCAUGCUAACCCAUUAAUCUUGUUAAUCGUUACCGCUGUAC